CAAGCAGUGUGGUUCAGUCAACAUUAGUUUUUAGAGUCGAACUGUAAACCGCAAUCAUCAACAAAUUUGCCUUCAUUUUGUGGGAAAAACCCGUGAAUGAGCUCCAACUGACCUGAGAAAUGCUAAAACCGUUAUUGAAGUUAUGCUGGGUGCUUUAAGAUGGCGGGGAAAUCAAAAGGGCACAAAGAAAACUUGCUCGAAGUCAAAGAUGUCGAAGACGAAACACGACCUUCACUUCAGAAUGCUUCGAAAGUCUCGCGAGGAGCAGCUAAGUCUCGCUCUUAUAAGCAAGCAAUGGCCACGCCUGAUAUCAAUUGCAAGCCAUCAUCUCAGACAGAUCGCUGUGACAACCAUGAAAUGAUGGCAGCUUCAUGCAGCACUUCUGAUGUCUCUGAUUGGACAGAUAAUGCUGUUAAUGGAAGACAUUUUUGGAUCGACUCAGAUGCUUCUGCUAACUUCUGUUAUCUGUCUGAUUAUGAAUGUGUGAAAUCUGGUCCGAGAAAGAAAUGUACAGCUUGUAAGAUUGUCGUCCAUACCAAAUGCAUCGAACAGUUAGAAAGAAUUAAUUUCAGAUGCAAGCCAACAUUUCGAGAAAUUCAAACCAAAGGUGUACAAGAGGGUAGUAUAAGACACCAUUGGGUACACAGAAGGAAACAGGAGGGCAAGUGUGAACACUGUGGAAAGUCAUUUCAACACAUGCUGUCAUUUCAAAAUAAGGACAUUAUAUCAAUAAGUUGUUCAUGGUGUAAAGUUGCUUAUCAUAAUAAAGUAGAAUGCUUUGAGAUGAAAAAAAUAGAUGAGCCUUGUGAUCUUGGUGCCCAUGCAAAUCUUAUUGUUCCUCCAUCAUGGAUUGUUAAGAUCCCCAGAAAGGGAAGAUCAGGAUCUGUAAAACGAAACAGUUUCAAAAAAAGAUCAAUCAAAAGAAAAUCAACCAAGGAAAGAAAACCAUUCGUGAUCAAACCUUCAGGGUCAGCACAGAAAAAGCCACUUUUGAUCUUCAUCAACCCUAAAAGUGGAGGCAACCAGGGUGCAAAAAUCAUGCACAAGUUUCAGUGGCUUCUGAAUCCAAGACAGGUUUUUGAUUUAUCUAGUAGUGGACCAAAAGAAGGACUGGAGCUUUAUCGUAAAGUGCCUAACCUAAGAAUCCUUGCUUGUGGAGGCGAUGGAACUGUUGGAUGGGUUCUUUCUGAGCUGGACAAAUUGAAGGUCUCCCCUCCCCCACCAGUAGCUAUCUUACCUCUUGGUACUGGGAAUGAUUUAUCAAGAGUACUCAACUGGGGAGGGGGAUAUGCUGAUGAACCAUUAUCUAAGAUUCUAACACAUGUUGAGGAAGGCACAGUAGUACAACUUGACAGGUGGAAUCUAGAUGUUACCGCAAAUGAAAGUGGAGACAUUAGUGAUGAUGAUGUUCCAAAGGUUCACAAGCUUCCACUCAAUGUGAUGAACAACUACUUUAGUUUAGGAUUUGAUGCAGAAGUCUGUUUAGAAUUUCAUGAAUGGAGAGAAUCCAAUCCAGGCAAGUCCAAUAGUAGGUUUAAGAAUUUCAUGUUCUAUGGAAAGGCAAGUAGUACGACGUUUCUACAAGGAAAAGCCAAGGACUUCUACAAAUAUUCCAAACUAGAGUGUGAUGGUGUUAAUCUGACAGACAAACUUCUUGAAAUUAAACCUCUCUGUCUUUUGUUUCUUAAUAUCUCCAAAUAUGGUGCUGGAACAUCACCUUGGGGUAACCCUGGAAGAGACAACGAUUUCUUCCCACAAAGCAAUGAAGAUGGUCUGAUUGAAAUCAUUGGUUUCUCUUCAUCUUCACUGGCCGCGACUAGAGUGGGUGGUCAUGGUGAAAGAAUUGCACAAUGUAAAGAAGCAAUACUGGUUACCAGUAAGACGAUCCCUAUGCAAGUAGACGGAGAACCAUGUCGACUUGCGCCUUCAAGAAUCAGAAUAUCAAGACGAAAUCAAGUCGACAUGCUCCAGAAAACCAAGAGACGAGGACUGGGAUCGUCCAGUAGUGCAGAUCCAAUGCCAUGUAUUGAAACUGUUAAAGUACAAAUCUACUGCGUUGAGUUCCAAGACUACGAAAAGCACUGUUAUGACAUCUCUAAAUUAAGAGAGUCUGCAUCAAUUCUCGCCACCACUACUAUCGAGCCUGAUUCUGAUCUAGAACAAAUGAGGGCCUGGAUCGAGAGGUUUAGUAUGGAAGAAGAGGAGGAAGAUAAAUCCUGUCUGUCAGAUGACUGGUGCUUCUUGGAUACCACUUAUCCUGAUCGAGUCUACAGAGUUGACGUUGCCCAGGAAAACAUUUAUAAUGUUGUUGAUAUUCUCGAUGGUGGAGUGUUCAUCGUGGACUUAAAUCGAAAGACUCAAAAAAAGCCAAGCGACACCGUUAGCGUAUCUAGUUUACCCGCGACAAUCAAAGAUACAGACGCACCUUCCAGCCCCUUCCCGGACAGUAAAAUGAAUCCUCAAGCCAAGAAUGGUCCUACGUCAUACUCAGUGCCUUGUACACCAACAGGGAAAGAAACCUUCUCCUUGUCUGUAAAAGAAGAUCAGAAUCACGUUUGGGUCAAAAUAUCUGACGCAAAACGAAAUGAACAGCUGAUGAUAGAUGCAAGUAAAAACGGUGAUCUAGAAAAGGUGAUCGAUCUUCAUCAAAAAGGAGUGAGCCUGUCUGCAGGUGACCACAGAGGAUGGCGACCACUCCACUAUGCAGCAAGACAUGGACAUAAAGAAGUCAUCAGAUAUAUUAUCUCUAACGUUCCUCGAUGUGUACUGGAUUUAGUGGAAGAAGAAAAAGGUCAAACAGCUCUUCACAAGGCAGCCUUCUAUCAGCGACGCACCAUUUGUUCUCUUCUCGUGCAGGCUGGUGCUUCUCUUACCAGAACGGAUUAUGAUGGCAAUACACCAAGAAUUCAAGCCUUAAAAUCACAAGACAAGGAACUGGCUAAAUACCUAGAAACUCAAGAGCAUUUACAGAUUAUUGCUGCAGAAGACUACGAAACUGCUGUUUAAUCGAGAAUAGAAGCAUUACUGAGAUGACGUGACCAAUCUUAAGAAUUGUGUGACCGCUGCCACUCUCACGCUAACAUCACAGCGUUAUGCCAUUUAAUGAAAUCGCUUUAAAAUUUUAUUAGUUAUUUAUUUUAAGCGACUGCAUCGCCUUCGUUUUACCUAUAAACAUUUGCGAAAUUUUUCUUACGUGACACAAGGUUUGAGAAAUAAUAAGUUUGCAUUACGAGAGUAAACAUAACACAAUACGCCGUUGAAGAUAGAGAAGUUUCCGUAUUCAAAUGUUGUCCUGGAAGAGCUGUUGCUUAAGACUGCGUGACAUAUUCCUUGUCACAUGCUUGGACAUCAAGUUACGUAACAAUGCUUUAGUGUAACAGAAUAAGCACUAGACUAGAGUGUCUUACACAAUCAUUUUACAUUUUGUAGAAGUUAGUCAAUCAUAUAUUAACAAUUUUUCAUUUUCAUGCAAAAAUUACCAAAAAUAUCGAUCACGACUAAAAAGAAACGAAGUAUACCACAUUCAUAUAUCUGAUAAGGGACACGGCUUGAUACCGAUGGACACAACAGUGAGGCUAGUUGGACUAGGCAAUAAAUAUAGCAACUCAACUAUGUUCUGUAAAUAUAGCAACAGUAGAACAGGGAGUAUGAAAUUUGAUUGUUUUCUUCCUCAUUUAGGACCCUUGGCCUCGUUUUAGUGUUUCUCGUUACCAGUCCUCCCUCACCUACUAGACAUAUGAAUACGCUUGAAUAAUUGAAGCAAAAACAUAUUCAAGUUUUACACAAUUUAAGAAAUUUCUUUAUCGUUUCUUUUUUUUUUCUGUUGAUUUUUGAUGAUGAAUUUGGUUUUUAUCACCAAAACGAUUUUAAAUUAUUUAUCAAAGAUGCUUGAGCCGAACAAGUAUUUAAUUUCAUUUGAGAACGAAAAUUCUCGCUUAUUCGAGGAAAAAAUUCAUCUAUUCAGUCGUUUAUAUUUCCAGAAAAAAAUGUAUUCCUUUUACCCAAAUAAGGUAAUCCGGAGCGUUGAAAAAUUCUUGAAAAUCGCCAAAAACCACAUAUUAGGUAGGAUAGGUUUCUUACAUUUGAAUUUCAAGUUCUCAGUUACUUAGGGUUAGCCUCAAAUUUGUGCAGAAUUUUCGCAUGUUCCUGUGAAGGUCCGUGGAAUUGUAAAGUGUUUGUAUUGUUGUUGUUGUGCAUUCUUUACUUUACCAUUGGUAUUUGUAAAUAUUUAGACACUGCUAUGAGGCUAACCCUGCGUCUGUAAACAAAUAACACAGCUGUAAUUUGAAAAAAGGUCUGUUGUGGAAUGGAACGUGGAGUCUGAACACCGGAUUACUUUACAUGGGCUUUACAUCUUCAGUUCUAUAAAAUAAACAUACGUAUAUUAAAGUGGAGCCAAGGAGGCUUACACUAUGAAGAGAUAAUCUAUACGUCGUAUAUAUCUAUAUAGAUACAAAAUACAAUUGUUUUUUUCUUCGUGAGAAUUGUUAUAAUGUAUUUUGGUAGAACCUUAUAAAUUAACACAGAAUAGAAUAAAUAAUUAUAUAAGGAAUUCCUAUGGGUUGGAAAUUUGUAAAAGCAAAGCACACUGAAUGGACCAAAUCCACUUGGGUGUGAUGUUUUCCCAUCUUACACCAAGUGUCAUUCCCUAGAGCAUAUUUUUUUGCUCUUUUUUGUUUAAUGGUUGCACUUGAGAAGUCAACUAAAUAUGGAUGCAACUCUUAAACAGAAUCUCAUUCUCAAGGAAAUGACACAUUAUCUGAAAUGGGAAAACAUUACGCUAUCUGCAUUUCCCAUUUAUUCAAUACAUGCUGAUUGAACUGGGUGACUGAGUUCCUGUGAGUCGUUAAAUCUACGGUAUCGUAUUUUACCAGAUGGAGACCACUUUCUUGUGGGUAAUGAAUGAGUCAACAAAAACCCUGACCCCCACCGACCUGGGGCACAAUGUGGGGGAAAAAACAAGGUCAACCCUCUAAUGCCCCACCCCCAGGAAUAUCCAACACCUUGAAAGCCCCACGCCUCAUGGAGCUGUCUUGAUUAUCCCUACAUGAUUGGCUGGCUUUUACGCUUUUAUUUCUUGUGGACAGCCACUGAUUUUGAUAUUGUGGGCUCAGUAUGCAUACCCCACCUAUGACCCUCCCCCAGGGGUCGGCUUUAUUGUUAAAAGUGACUAAUGCUCCAUCUCGUUGGGGGGCAAUGUAUGGGCAGUCUAUUUCCCAAUUAUCCCCCUCUAAGUCCCACAUUGUCCCAGGCGGCGAAGGGGUCAGGGUUUUCACUGACUCAAGCAUAACGACUACUAAAAAGUUAAUAUGGAGGCUAGCCUACUGCUUGUGCAUGUGUAGUUUCAACAGCCCUGGUUGGUGCAUCAACAGUCAUUUCACAAAAGAUUUUGGCAGUGAUAAAUAAAAGAAAUGGUUGAGUA